AUGGCGGCAAAACACGCACUUCUAAUUCUCAUCGUUUUGCUUGGAUUUGAACAAUACCUACAAGCUGGAACAUCAAUGUACGCAAGGCACAUUUCAGCGAAAGAUCGAAUGAUGUCGGUGAUAAGGCCAAGAAUUUAUCAGAAUCGUGAGAUGAAGCACAAAAAUAGCCAAUAUGUAUCCAAGUCGCGGCUCCAGAGUCCAAAUCGAAGCCUACCUUGUUGCAAAGAUGAAUCCGGGGGCUCAAUAUGCAAGAAUUUAAAGCGCACCGAUCCAAAAUUGUUUAAUCAAAAGUGUCAAUCGGAACCUGAUUUCUCGUUGGUGGUCUGCUGCAACUCGUGCUCAGAAGCUGGCAUUUCAUAUAGAGAAAGGGCUCAGAAUUUCUUCUCUGGCCCGUCGAACAGCACACAUUGUUUCGAUCGUAUGAGCCCGGCAUACUGUAGCCGUUUUGAAACUGGAGACGACGCGUGGAACAACAGAAGGUGGUCUUGCGAUACAUCGCAUUUCCGUCUUGGAUUUCGCGUCUGCCGCGCUACUUGCGGCUUUUGCGGAUUCGAUUGGCUCAAUGCUCCCGAACCAUUAAAGUGCUUAUAA